AUGGAAAGAAGCCGAGAUAUGGAGGCGCAUCUGCGACCUCUUUCUCCCCUGCAGGGCUCUCCUGAAGAGGAAUUGGAGGGGAGAUCUGGCCUUUUUGACCGACAUCCUCAGGAGCGUGCUGGUUGCGGCAGGUUCAGUCCUAAUUGCACAGAACACAUGCACCAAACCUACACAGAGAAAGAAUUGGGUCCAGAGAUUCCUCGAAGGAUGCAAGUACCUACUCCAGUUCAGCUGUGCGCAUCCCAGGGCCCCCAAACGGCAGCCGUGUUGACUUCUGCGAAGGAACACGGCUGCGCGCGUUCUCGGGCACUGAAGUCAUUGGAGGCCCCGCUACAGCAUGUGAAGCCUCUGAAUUCUCCAGGUAAUUUCGUUGCACGCCAUGCAUGCGGAGGCCUUUCUUCAGAAAGUUUUCCAGAUGCCAUGCAGCCGCCAAUUGCGAUACACGGACCACGUGGGGAAAAUGGAAUGUCUCAAGCUUGUCGCAGUGCACCAGGGCUGCACAGCUCUAUGGUACACGGUAAUUCGCUGACUCCAAGCUGCUGUAGCCCUGGGACAGACUUGCCAGCAGCAGACCCGGCAGGACGGUCAUCAGAAACAGCACCAGAGGGCAGUACCUGGGCUAUUAACAAGGCGGGCGAAGCCCCUGCUGCACUGCACCGUAACGAACUGUUGGUAGGAGGCUCACGCGGACUGAUUGGAAGCUCUCGAGGGGAAAUACAUGAACGGAAACAUCUUUGUGGGCCUUCGCACUUUGUUGUCACCAACUCGUUGCCAGCAGUAGGGCGUCGAAGCAAGGAGAUGGGGGGCGCCAGAGUUGCCUCCACAACCUCAAGGCAAAACGAUCCAACAUCGCCCAGAUCCAGCGCAUGGUGCCUUCAAACAGGCGCAGGAGCACCAUCACCUGCGUCAGCGGCGAACAGAGGGAGAUUCUCACCGAAUAUGUUAUCUACGGCUGGAUCAAGGGUAACGCGCAGUCAGACAGCAGCUGCAGCGCUGAAUGAGGUGGUCCGAAUAGAAGAUUCCUCUGAUGAAGAGGCAGGACGGGGGGUCACCCACGAACAUGGUAUUCAUUCUGCCGAAGCGGAUCAGGGCAACUGUCAUUCCACGGUUGAAGCUGCAAAUGGAAGGCUCCCUUUAAAUCCUUUGUCUGGACUUUCACGGGGGGUGAUGGGGGGUAGAACUGAAGCAGCGGCUGCCUUUCUCGUGUUUGUGGCGGCGUUGGUUCGACCGGACGGGCACGGUUGUGUGCUUAGUGCCGAAGUGCUCAGCAGGGUUGCAGCAGAGUCUGCAGUGGUGCAGCCUCACCAGCAGCGCCGUAGCUGCAGGGAGGAGGCAUCCACUUCAGCAGCCGAAGCCAAGGGAGCAGCACCACACAGGCUUGAUGGAGACGGCUGCGCAGCAAAGGGUGUGCUGGUGUUGCAGGCAGAUCCAGAGGAUGGCUGCGUAUCGCUUGAUCUAUGGCAUCCGCCGCCAGAACCGGCUCUAAAGGUCUCUGAAGCCGGGCAAAAGCUUCAUGCCGAGGCUGCCCUUGGCAAGCCAGUUGAGCUGCCUUCUAGCAGCAUAGUUAGCCUCCUCUGCUUUCCCAAGAGCUUAAUUUCGCACUUCAGGUGGUUAGGCCUUGGCGGUGCAGCGAGCCUUCCAAGCGUCCUGAAGUCAGAAGCAGACGGCGAGAAAGGAACAGCUGGGGGCUGGAGUUGCUGCAGCAGAGCGGUGUGUUGUUGCUGCUGUCGUGGAAGUACUACAGAUCGCAGGCGCAUGUGUGCAAAAGACAAAGAUAGAAAUCACGCGAUAGCGCACACAACAAUGCCGGGAGAUAAGCCUGGAGAGGGACAAACUGGCGUGGGUCGUCCCCACUGUAGGGGCGACAGACUGAACUUACAGACCAUCGUUGACCAUAGCUGUUCCCAUCGAGGAGAAAACUCUGUUCCACCAGCUUCCGGGCUAUUCGCCUUGAAGAGUGUUGCUGUCGCUAUGCGGCGCUCGCCGUCAGCGGAAGCAACGCAGCCCAUUAGCGCGCUGCCACGUGAAGGUACGUCGACAGCUAAAAGUGAUGCGUCUGUGGCUGGCGAGUAUGAGAGGCACAUAACCAUGAAGAAGAAGAGAUCCAGCACACGCAGUGGGCCCAAGCACAGCGGUUCAAAAGAACACGAACGUGUGGGGCAGGCGUUGGAAAAGCGUUCUUCCGGUGGCCACCACAGGAGACAAUGUAGGAGCAGCAGCGCAAGCAGACCGAGCAGUUCCACCCAGAUUAAACCGAGCCAAAACUGCAGGCGGGAAGGAAGGGAACGGCCCAUUAGGGAGGAAGGAUCUGUCCCCCAAGGAAACGGAACUAAGAGUCAUUCCAGCCAUCCCCUUUCAGUUGAAAAAAAGGAACAAAUACACGGGAUUUCCACCCCGCGCAACGCCCUGAUUGUGACGGACGGAAAGCCUUUACAUGGCAGACUACUUCCCCAAAGCGACGUGGCGUCUUCACCUUCGUGUACUUCCACUCACUUCGAAUCUAAGAGGGAUGACACAGCUAAGAAGAACAAGAGGGAUAGCAGCAGUAAUCGAUACGGCACUUCUGGUAGUGCGGAGGAAAAGGAUAUGGAGCGUCAGCAGCAUUUAGGCGAGGGACCUUCGACGUUUGGGAGCUUGUUGGCCUUGGGCUCAACUCGAAGUAAAGAACAACAAACAAAGGAAAAAGGGGCGCCACGGGAGCAUCUUCCCGUCAGGGAAUUAGGACCUGAGGUUGCGUCUGCCCACGAUUCAAAGUUGCAUUACGGCCGCAGUCUCAGCUGCAGCGAAUGCCGGAAGGCCUCAGGCUGCCACGCCUCUUCACAAGAUGGGCAUGCUGUUCCCGUCCUCUGUUUGGAGCUUCAGCAGUCUCAGGCAAACAAGUUAUACUGCAGCGAUCUGCUGCAGAAGGUACUUGACCAGGAAUGGAGGAAUAGCAUGCGUUGCGUUGCUUCGUCCCUUCAAGAGGGCCAACUCACCGGAGGAAAUUCGCCGGACGCGAUAUGCAGGAGCUCCUCUGAAAUUCCAGAUCCCCAGAAACCCAUAGCCCACACCAAUAGCUCCGGUCAUGGGAGGCCCCACACGAAAAUCGAAAGAAGUAGUAGGGACAGCAAGCGCAGGGGGAGAAGCGACAGUAGCAACCGCGCCAGCAGUCCCAGUAUCAAUGGCAACAGUUUUGAAGGCAGUUCCAGCGUUAGCAGCGGCAGCACUAAAGACAUCAAAAUUGCCAAUGGCCAUUGCCACGCUUCCGGGGAAUCUCCCGCGGAAGGCAGCAAUGGGCAUUCUGACCGACCUCGUUCCAGCACGGGCAAGCGCAGCUCGAGGACACGGUCUUCCACCACCAAGCAUGAGCGAAGUAGCAGUUCAAGGCGACGCUGUAGGAGCAGCAGUAGCAGGCGGAAGAAACUCCGACGCGAAGUGUCAUUUAGUUCAACUGUAGCAGCAACGGCUGCUGGCUGCAGGAAGGAGGUGUGUCACAGUCCAGUGAAGGAGUCGUUGCCUCAGCGAGACGUUUGUUGCGAUGGCACUGCUGGCAGUAGCUCCACGCAACUCGUGUAUCGGAACAUCGCAAGUUCUAACAUAAAUUUCACCGAAGGUGGAGCUUGUCAACAUCUACAUUUUCUGGAUGGCAGCAGUACAGAAAUCGCAAAUUCGGCACCCGCCUUGGAGCCCUCUAUAACAGGAGAGAAACCGUCUCUGGCAAUUAAGACAAUUGACGAAUCUUCUUUAAGCACACCUAUGGAGUCUUCCAAGAAAAGGGGCCCGUGGCUACUCCUUUGCAUUGGUCCUGCCUUGCACGUUACUCCUUCAGCAGAGAACUCAACAACAGCAGGAGAGGGAGACCAAAGUGACUCUCACCUUGUCGAGGCGGCGCCAGUUGUGCAAAGCGUGUGUCGCUCAACCCAUGAAGACAAAACGGGCAACGGGAGCGGAACCAAGCUACGGCUGUGUGAGGCGGAAGUUCCCGCUUACUGCAGGGAUGACUUCCUAUCUCUCUUCCAGGUCCUUCUUCCAUCGAAUCCCGUAUCUGGAGCGUUUUUUGACCGCUUCAGGGGGACGGGGCUUGCUUGCGAACCUACUAACGUCGCAGAUCUUCUAGCAUUCUUUACAGGCUGCAUCGCAGAGCAUAAAGAGGCCCCUUCAGAAAACCAAGAGAACAGCGGUCAGGAGCUGCCAAAAGGCCAACCACACGUCUCCAAGGUGUUGCACAAGUUUUUGAUGAGUAGUAUUGGACCCUGGAAAGCAUUGUGCAAGGGCAGAAGGGCAAUUUCUAGUUUCUCGAUUGAACGUUUGGUCUCCUGUUGGAGUGCGCGGGGGCGUCGGGCUGCUGUAGACUCAUCGAUACCUGGUGGAAGUGAGGAUCCCACGAAUUUGCCGUGUGAUCCUGCAGCGCCUGUCAGCAGAUCUGCGCUGCCCAUAGCAGAUAUUAAGGGGCAAGCACCAGCAAGACCAGCGCCGGCUGGGUCCCCACCGGUAUUUGAUCUUCUGCUAGACGAGAGAACUUUACGGCGCCUCAGCGAAAAGGAGUUCUUGGAUGAUACUAUCAUCGAUUUUUGUCUAGGCUUCAUAGUUGACCAUAUUCUGACGCCGGAGGAGAGGCUUCGUGUGCAUAUUUCCAACACCUUUUUUCUCUCUGCCCUUAUGGAGCAGAGGUGCGAAAUGGAGGCGCAUACUCGCUUGACUCGAUGGCUCAAAAAAGAGCUCACACCCCUUCCCAAGAAGGACUUCAUAUUUAUUCCUGUUCACCACAAACACCAGCACUGGAGUCUUGCCGUGGUAGUUUACCCAUGGCGCGCCAUCAACCCCUCCCAAACCAACGCAGAGGGUGGGACUGUACGGACAGCUGAGAAUUCUGUCUCUAAACCGGAAAUCAGCAAGCCUUUGGACGAUGUCCAGCAACUUUACCCACUGGAUAUGCCUACUCACCAGCCUGGCAUCAAUGGAUCUCCGAAAAGCCUGGCGAUAGGAAGGGUUGCACCCUCCCUAACGGCGAAAUGCCGAGGCGUCGAUGUAGCGCAUGCAUCAGCUUCCCUGAAGGCUUCGGGGCAACACGCACAAAAGCCUUCGCGUCAGAAGGCUCGACUGUUUCACGUAGACUCCAUGGGCCUCCGCAGCGUGUUUGACCGCUGCCGUGGCCGGCUCAAGAGGUUCCUGCGGCAAGAGUUCGAGCAUCGGUGUGCAGGUGAACUGAAGAGUGGCGAGAGGGUGGAGCUGUGUACGGAUAGUUGUUGUUGGCACGAUGGCCACAGCUGCACCUUGCACACGCCACGUCAGCAGAAUGGGUACGAUUGUGGCGUAUUUGUAAUUGAGUAUGUGUAUUUUCUAACGCGCAACCUCAAUGCAAUCGAGACACUGCUUGUAGGUCCGUCGCGUGAUUGCCAGUUACAGCAGCGUUAUGCUCAACAGCCUGCCGCUGGCUCGAUCACCCCUAGUACCUAUGGCUGCCUUGGCCGUGUCGAUGCUACAGUUGAGACUAAAAGGCAGGGCAAGCUUCUCGAAGCUGCUUUAGGCUUCCACUGCCCUUGUAUGGAAGCUGCGUUACCAUCGCAGUUGCCCAUAGGUGCCGGAUCAGCAUUUGGGCUACCUUACAAUUUGAAAGCUCGCUUGGCUGAGCUUAGGCAGGCACACGCAGCACUUUUUGGGUCUUCAAACACUCUAAUCUCCAGGCAGCGAGAACUGCAGCUCCAGGCAAGCGUGCAGCCGACACCACCCGGCGCCUCUCAGGGGAAUGGCGCAAGCCAAGAAUUUACUCCCCAGCCAGCGGAGAAGACUCGUUUCUCGAUGAGGCCGCGUGAAGCGCCUGGGCUUCAUGGGAGACAGGAUUUGACAGCAGUGAUUCAACUACCAGAUACUCACAUCACCGAUGGCAGAGCUGCGUCAAAGCAGCAAUGCCCCGCGUGGGGCCCGUUACCGCUUUGUAUCAGCAAACGGAGGUCUUCCCACACGAAGUGGUUUUCACAGAACCGCGUUACUGAAAGGCGGUCGCAGUUACACAAGAUGUUGCUGUUCAUGCGACAGAACAUGUAUUGGCGGGAGGACCCGAAGCUUAUCGCGCACCUCAAGUCGGUGUUCUUGAGUAUUGACAACUCGUGA